UUCCUCGGGCGGGGAGGAUGUGAGCGUUUGAGCGGCGGUGUCGUCUCCUCCCACCCGCUGAUUCCCUCUUCUUCUCCGUCCUUCUUCAUCUUCUCCUUCUCCUUCGUCGAAAGUGGGCGACGGUUACAGCGCCGUUGGGAUCAUGCUUUGAGGACCACCUCGACUUACACUCGUUCAUUCUCCUACCUGUAUUGGGGUGAUUUGUAUUUAUUUAUUUAUUUUUCGGGGUGAGAUGGGGCGGAAGAAGAUCCAAAUCACCCGCAUCGUGGAUGAGAGGAACCGGCAGGUCACGUUCAUGAAGAGAAAGUUUGGCCUGAUGAAGAAGGCCUACGAGCUGAGCGUGCUGUGCGACUGCGAGAUCGCCCUGAUCGUCUUCAACGGCUCCAACAAGCUCUUCCAGUACGCCAGCACCGACAUGGACAAGGUGCUGCUCAAGUACACCGAGUACAACGAGCCGCAUGAGAGCAGGACCAACGCAGACAUCGUGGAGGCACUGAACAAGAAAGAGCAACGAGGGUGCGAGAGCCCAGACACGGCCGACAGCACCACCUAUGCCUUGACACCAAACACUGAAGCUAAAUACAAGAAGAUCAACGAUGACUUUGACCACAUGAUCAGGAGCCACAAGAUGUCAUCAAGUCUGCCGCAGCACAACUUGGUGCAGGUGGAAGGAGGAGGAAGCGGUGAUGGACGAAUGAUGGCGGUGGCGUCUCAGCCCGCUCACCUGCACAGGAACGUCCACGCAACACAAAGAUCGACCAGCACCACCAACACGGGUCAUAUGCACAGCAGUUCAGAUCUGAUGCUGCAAAAUGGAUCUGGACCAGAUGUGAAUGGCUUUGUGGAAUCAUCUCGAAAAAUCCUCCCACCAAAAUCUCAGAUGCCAGCACGCAAGUCUGACCUGCGAGUACUCAUUCCUGUGUCCAAAGCUGGGAUGACCACGCUGGCUGAACAGUGUCAUUCGAGUCCAGCUUUGAGCACGCCAGUGGUCUCUAUUAACACCCCCAACUUGACUCAGCACAACCAGCUGUACAGCAACAUCAACUCUGCAUACGACAACGAUUAUGAACUGAGCAGCGCUGAACUGUCAGGUUUCUCCAUUACCACCUGGCAACAACAAAUGGCCACCUCGCUGGGACCAGGCAUCACCACCAACCACAGUAACAUCAGCAUCAAGGACGAGCCCCCCUCUCCCCCUCCGCCUCGGGGCUAUUCUGCUCCUUCCGAGGGCGCAGUCCAGCGGGAUGAGCAUCCGCUGCGCCGUCGCCCCGACUUCCUCCCUUUGGCUAUCGCUCGCUCAGAGGCUGAUGACAGUGCGGCGACGAAGCGUCUUCGCGUGGACACCUGGGUCACAUAGAUGAAUAGUAACCGUUAUGCAACUUCAACUGACGCACUUCCUGCUCUCAGGGUCGCUAAAAGCAAUAACCACCAUGUCUUGCCCCAAAAAAUUAAAAUUAUUUUCUUUAACCGGCCACAAGAUGUUGUUGAGGAUAUUGUUCUGUUUGAAUGAUAAAAAUGUGUCUCAAUCGUUGUGUAUAUAGUACUUUACCUUUAAUAUAUCUCUUUGGCUGUAA